CUCUCUCUCUCUCUCUCUCUCUCUUUAUAUAGAGAGAGACCAGUCGCCUUUCUCUUUCCUGUUCAUUUAGCGUGUUUAUCUGGGCUAUGUUAGAAACUAAAAUACGCAGAUAAUCUCGGAGGAAAUAAGAGAUAAGAACCCAAAAGAAAGGGAGAGGAAAAUGGAGCUGAGCUUGGAUUUGAGCUUGGUUUAUGUACCCAAAACGAUUAGUGAGUAUCUUAUGGAGAUUUCCGGGAUUAAAGAUAGCAGAAGGAAGUUAUCAAAGCUUGAUGAUUAUAUCAAGAAAUUAGAAGAUGAGAUGAGAAAGAUUGAUGCUUUUAAACGUGAGCUCCCUCUUUGCAUGCUUCUCUUGAACGAUGCUAUUGUGAGGCUGAAGCAGGAGGCAUUGCAGUGUAAGGAAUUGGAGGGUGAGGAUCGAACUGGGAAACAGGAGUUUGUAUCAGUGAAAGAAAAUUCUGGAGGAGAUGGAGGAGGAAACAUGGGAAAUGAUUUGAGUGAUAAGAAGAACUGGAUGAGUUCUGUUCAACUUUGGAAUACUAACAAUAUCAACUCUGAUUCCAAGCAACAUGACUCAAAAUCAGAAACCAAACAGAGAAGUGAAGAAGAUGAUGAUCAGUCCACUUGUGAGAACCCAGUUCAGUUGUGUAAUUACAAAAGCAAAGGAGGAGCAUUUAUGCCGUUUAAGGCACUUUCUGUGUUUGAAGGAACUGAAAGAAAGGAGGAGAAAGAGGUUGUGUCUCGAGUUACUGAUCUCUCUCUUAUGACUCCAGUAUCUCAAUUGGGUUCCUGCAAUUUGAUUUCAAAAUGCAAUGCCAAUAUUCAAACGAAGAUGCACAAUAAACCUCAACAACUGCAGCAACACCAGCAAGAACAUCCUUCUUACAAGAAACAGAGGCGCUGCUGGUCGCCGGAGCUUCAUCGGCGUUUUGUUGAUGCUCUUCAACAACUUGGUGGAUCUCAAGUGGCUACUCCCAAACAGAUAAGAGAACUUAUGCAAGUUGAUGGCCUGACAAAUGACGAAGUUAAGAGUCACUUGCAAAAAUACAGGCUUCAUAUACGUAAACUUCCAGCUUCUUCGGCUGCUUGCCAAGCAAGUGGCUUAUGGAUGGCUCAAGAUCACUGCAAAGACCCCUCAAAACCGAGCAUUUCGGAGUCUAAUUCUCCGCAAGGACCCUUCCAUGCAUGUGGGUAUGCCAAAGGUAUAUCUAGUACCGGAGGCAACAGCGGGGAAGCGGAAGAUGAUGACAAAUCAGAGAGCCAUAGUUGGACUGGUAGGCUGCACAAGGCAGGAGAAGUUGAUGUAUAGUGGUAACUAAACUGAUUUCUGAUAUAUACCCAUGAAUUUUGCAGAUACAAAUAUACGUGGGGAGUGAGGUUGUAAAGGUAAGAAUAAUGAAGUCGACAAGAUACAGGAUUCAAGAUUGGAGUUAGUUUUCUUCUUUUUCUUCUUUAGCAAAGAGAUGAUGAUGUAGUCAUCAAUGAGGAUAUAGUAGAUUUUGCCGAUUCUAGGAGGCAAGUUUAUUUUUCUCCGAACUUGAGUUCUGUCUCUUCCUAUCUGAUCUGGGUUGUUCAUCAGUUUAUGUAAUCCAUAUUGACUGAUUCUAGGAUGUUAAUGGCUUAAUGACAUAUUCAUUACAUAGAUAGCUAUAUUAUUGUUUAUUUUCAAUUU